CUUUAGCGCUGGGAUUGGCCACAGAUUUCAUCAUUGGCAACCAGCGGUGCAGCGAUCCAUAUGCCACGCUCCCCAGCCGACCACCGAGGACAAACCUCCGAGCGUCGGGCCUCGCGUUCGCGUGACCGCUCGUUGCGCCGGCGUCGCUCGGUCUCGCGUAGCCCGACCCGUCGGUCGCACCACUCGCCGUCGCAGUCGUCUCGCCACUCGCGCAGCUCAGAGCCCAAGCGCCGCCGGUCGCCAUCGCGGUCACCGGCGCGCAAACGCUCCCGCCGGUCGUCGUCGUCGAGCAGUAGCAGCAGCGACGCCGACGACUCCAAGCCAUCGCGCCGCGCCAAGUCGAAGAAAACAAAGAAGUCGAAAAAAGCCAAGAAGGCCAAGAAGCGACGCAAGCACGACGAGUCAUCGUCGUCCGACUCGGAGACGGAGCGCAGCGUCAUCUCGGGGAAGAAGAUCAAGCGCAAGAUUGCCAUGACGUCGCUCGACAAGAAGAACGAGCAGAAGCGCCAGGACUUGCUCAAGCUCUACAACGCCAUGUACGACUAACAUCGUUGUCUACAAUAUUGUCGUUGCACCAAUAUGACUCUACGAUGGCUUAUGCCGCAUGCCCAA